CCGAGUGGUUUUACCUUGCUCAGUGCAAGAGUAUCAAGUUGGGCAACUUUAUUCUGUGGCAGAAGCUAGCAAAAACGAAACAGGAGGUGGUGAAGGAAUUCAAGUCUUGAAAAAUGAGCCUUAUGAAAAGGAUGGUGAGAAGGGACAAUAUACUCACAAAAUCUAUCAUUUAAAGAGUAAAGUUCCUGGUUUUGUAAGGAUGUUUGCUCCAGAAGGCUCUCUGGUGUUCCACGAGAAGGCUUGGAAUGCGUAUCCCUACUGUAGAACAAUUGUGACAAAUGAGUACAUGAAAGAUGACUUCUUCAUAAAAAUUGAGACCUGGCAUAAACCAGAUUUGGGGACAUCAGAGAACGUGCACAAUUUAGAUCCAAACACAUGGAAGAGUGUUGAAAUUGUCCAUAUCGACAUUGCAGAUAGAACUCAAGUAGAACCAGGAGACUACAAAGAUGAUGAAGACCCUGCGUUAUUCCAGUCGGUUAAGACGAAGAGAGGACCUUUGGGGCCAAAUUGGAAGGUACUGAGAACUGAUGUUACAACCUUAUAA